GUCACAAAUGUCUCUCAUGCGCAUUUCAUGCAUCUGCAUGGAUGUCUUGCGUCUAGUGUUCGAUAAAAUUUGUCUAUACUCUUCUUUUGCUUGUUACCUAGCAACAAUUUAGCUAACCAGCUUGUUGCUAGGCAACAAGGGCUCUAUUUUUUUAUUUUUCAUUUAGUGACCAUCUCUGAGCAGGCUUGUGAGCGCGUGCCUUAGGAACGUGCGAGAACAAAUCGCCCCCUGCCCCGCCUUGCUGAACCGGCUCUGGAAGCUCAGGUGGUGAUCUCAUAAAUAAGUACCUCACAAGCAUCUAAAAAUGCAGCCGCAAAUUAUCCUGCUGCGGGAGGGCACCGACACCAGCCAGGGCAAGCCGCAGCUCAUCUCCAACAUCAACGCCUGCUGCGCCGUGGUGGACGCCGUGCGUACCACGCUCGGUCCGCGCGGCAUGGACAAGCUGAUCGUCACCGAUAACGGCAAGGCCACCAUCAGCAACGACGGCGCCACCAUUAUGAAGCUGCUGAACGUGGUGCACCCGGCCGCCAAGACGCUGGUUGACAUCGCGCGCAGCCAGGACGCCGAGGUCGGAGACGGCACGACGAGCGUGGUGCUGCUUGCCGGCGAAUUUCUGCGCCAGGUGAAACCGUACGUCGAGGAGGGCGUCCACCCGCAGAUCAUCAUCCGAGCCGUCCGAAAAGGCACCCAGAUGAUGAUCAAGCGUAUCCACGAGGUGGCUGUCAAGGUAUCGGGCAGCAGCGGCGACGCCGAAAAGUACGAGCUGCUGCGCAAGUGCGCCAGCACGGCUCUCAUGUCCAAGCUGAUUCACCAGCAGAAGGAGUUCUUCUCCAAGAUGGCCGUGGACGCGGUCCUGUCGCUGGACAGCCUGCUACCUCUCAACAUGAUCGGCAUCAAACAGGUCCAGGGAGGCGCGCUGGAGGACUCUGAACUGGUGGCCGGCGUGGCCUUCAAGAAGACGUUCUCGUACGCCGGGUUCGAGAUGCAGCCCAAGUCCUACAAGAACCCCAAGAUCGCCAUGCUGCAGAUCGAGCUGGAACUGAAGGCCGAGCGGGACAACGCCGAGGUCCGGCUCGACAAUGUUCAGGAGUACCAGCGAGUGGUGGACGCCGAGUGGGACAUCCUCUACGACAAACUGGAGCGGAUCCACAAGUCCGGCGCCAAGGUGGUACUGUCCCGCCUGCCGAUCGGUGACGUGGCCACCCAGUAUUUCGCCGACCGCGACAUGUUCUGCGCCGGCCGGGUACCCGAGGACGACCUGAAGCGCACCAUGAAGGCCUGUGGCGGCAGCAUUGUCACCACGGCGCACGACCUGGGAGAUGGUGUACUGGGCCAGUGUGGCAGUUUCGAGGAGCGCCAGGUCGGCGGCGAGAGGUAUAACUUCUUCAGCGAGUGCCCUCUGGCCAAGACGUGUACGCUGAUCCUGCGCGGCGGCUCGGAGCAGUUCCUCGAGGAGACGGAACGGUCGCUCCACGACGCCAUCAUGAUCGUGCGGCGCGCCAUCAAAAACGACAGCGUUGUGGCCGGCGGCGGUGCGAUCGAGAUGGAGCUGUCGCGCUACCUACGCCAGCACGCCCGCACCGUGGCUGGCAAGGAACAGCUACUGAUGGACUGUCUGGCGCGGGCACUGGAGAUCAUCCCCCGCCAGCUCUGUGAUAACGCCGGCUUCGACUCGACGAACAUUCUGAACAAGCUGCGGCAUACGCACGCACAGGAGUCUGGUCUCUGGUUCGGCGUCGACAUUCAGAACGAGGACGUGGCUGAUAACCUGGCCGCCUGCGUCUGGGAGCCGGCCAUUGUGCGCGUCAACGCUCUCACCGCCGCCAGCGAGGCUGCCUGCCUGGUCCUCUCCGUGGACGAAACCAUCAAGAACCCGCGCUCGGGCGGCGAGGGCGGCCCGCCGGCCGGCCGCGGCCGCGGCAGGCCCAUGUAGGCAACAAGGGUCACUAAAGGUGGGCCUGAGGUGCUGGGAGGGCCACGUGCCGCUUGGAGUGUCGCCAAGUGUGAGGAGCCACGUGACAGCACCCGGCAGGGGUCGUGGUACGUGGUCCACACGUCCAAUCACGUGUCGGCAGUGUCCCGUGGCCUUAGGUGGCGAUCACACGGGGCGCGCACGUGCCUCCACGUGCGGACGUGAUCACGUGGCGUUCAUGACUCACUCAUCCGUCGUCCCGGCGCGGCAUGACCUUCGUUCUGUUUCACUGACCCGUUUGAUUUGCUGGUCGCUGGUGCGCCGACUCGGUCGCCACAUGUGCUGUUCAAUUGUCCCUUGAUUAAUACACUAGGACUAAUGCGCAA